AUGAAGAGUUUGGCUAUCAAAAUGCCAACUACGUUGGGGAGGAUGAUUAUUGGGAUGGGAAUAGAAGGAAUGGUGGUUACGAGAAUAACCGCCAACCACGAAACAACUACCAACGGAACCGGAAUGAUGGGUGGUCAUCAAGGGGGUAUCCGAGGUGGAAAUCGGAGAGAUGAUAGAAGAGAUGUUGGAAGGGAUGAGAGAAGGGAUAAGAGACGAGAUGAAAUAAGAAACGAAAGAAGAGAUGAUAGAAGGGAUAACCGAAGAAUGGGAGAUCAAGAGGUUAACGGUCCUUAUCGUCGUCAACAACCUCCACGUGGAGUGAAUGACCGUUUCAGGCCGAUUAUCACCGAAAACGAUUCACCCAUCGACAAGGCGAAGCAAUGGUUUCUUACACUCCUGGCCAAUAGCAUCCGCACAUGGGGGGAAAUGCAACAAGCGUUUUUAGAUGAAUAUUAUUCUAUGGCAAAGACCGACGACGCUCGUAAUGAAAUUAGGUCUUUUCGCCAAUUAUCGGGCGAAUUGUUGCAUGAAGCCUUUACAAGAUUCAAAGAAAUGAUGCGGAGAUGCCCACAUCAUCAAAUCAAGAAGUGGGAAUUGGUGAAGUGUUUUGUACGAGGGUUGGAUGACGCAACAUGGAAUCGUCUCGAGUCGACAAGUAACGGGACUCUUUUGAGCAACCAUGAAGACGAUGAUUGGGAGUUCUUGGAAUGGAUGAGCAAGCAUUCAAAAGAGAAAGAAUCGGUCGAUCGAGCCAAGAAGCAUCCCGUUUCCCGGUCACUUCCCUAUCUCGACUCUAAAGAUCGAAUCUCUACUCUAGAGCGGGAAAUGGCUCGAAUGAAGAAGAAGGAAGUUAAUGCGGUCCAGUUUGAUGUGUGUGAGGAAUGUGGUGAUAUCGGACAUAGAGCGGAACAAUGUCCACCAGGCCCGGAGGAAGUCAAUCAAGUGGACAAUAAUUACCAAGGUGGGUACCAACGGACUUACAACAAUCAAGGCGGUAAUGGAAGUGGGUCGAACAAUCAAACUGGUGGCGAUGACUUGAGUGCCAAAAUAGAUGCUUUGUUGAAUAUGCAAAGAGAAUCUCUAAACAAUAUAAAAGAAUCCCAUCAUGAUAUCAAGGAGAUAAAGAAGAUAAACGAGAUUCGGGAUAAAGCACAUGAGGCAUUGGCAAAGCAAGUGGGCCAACUCGCAGAGGAGAUGGCUCAAAUGAGAGGAAGCACGGGAAAGCUUCCAAGUGACACUACAGUGAACCCGAAGCAUCAAGGUUUUAGCACAAGCAACGUGAGGGAUGCACGCGUUAGCGCGGUAAGUAUUCUUUUAAAUGAUGAAGUUUGUAGUGUUGAAAGCAUUCCACCACCACAAUUCGUUGAUGGUGUAGUGGAAAACAUGGGUGAGGAGCCGGAAAGUGAAAAUGAACACGAAACGAUUUCACAAAGUAAAAAUGAAAACGUAACUAAAAAUUCUUUUUGUGAAAAUUGUUUAAAUCAACUUAACCCGCUUAAUGCAUCGAAAAGUGAAGAAUGGUGCCCACCGAAGGACGAGGGGUGGGAAAAUUUUAAGCAAGCUAAAAUUAAUUUACCGUUACUAGAUGACAUUAAAAAGGUUCCGGCUAAUGUGGAAUGCUUAAAGGAGUUAAGCAUCAAAAAACGGCACAACAAAUUACCCGAACCGGUUGAUUUGAUAUCUCAUGUGAGUGCCGUUUUAUCGAGUGCCCUUCCCCAAAAAGCUCAAGAUCCGGGAGACCCUCUUAUUCCAAUUCAAAUCGGAACAUUUAAAAUCGAGAGGGCGCUCCUAGAUCUUGGAGCUUGA